UUGUGAGAGACGCAUAGAAGUGGAUUUUAGGCCUCAAAGGAUACUUCCGACGACAGUUGCAAUACUGCAAGGAUUAUUUUAACGUAAUAUCUACGAAGACACUCCUGAGAAGAUUCUACAGUUAUGGCUGGCUUUAGUGAUGACGGUCAACUCCAAACAGAUGACUCUGCAGAUUGGGCCAUGAUGCAAACACGUCUGGAAUCUUUUCGCGACUUCCCGCGUGCCAAGGACGUGUCGGCAGAGAGGCUGGCCCGAGCAGGGUUCUACUUCACGGGCAGGUCCGACCAGGUGCGGUGCUUUAGCUGCCAGAAGACCGUGGAGAACUGGAACAAAGGUGACGCUCCCGCACGGAGACACCACGAAGCGUCGCCUGAGUGUAGGUACCUGAGCUGCACCCACCGCAUCAACUCUGAGCCCAUAUCCAAUGGCUCCACCUACGACGAAGAGGCGGAAGCCAUGGAGUUCCGCCUACGCACCGGGGAGGUGGUGGACGAGUCCACCUAUCCCAUGAUGCCUCACAUGAAGAGCGAGGACGACCGCUUCAACACGUUCACCAACUGGCCGCCCUCGGCCCCCGUGCGCCCCGAGGAUCUCGCCCAGGCCGGACUGUUUUACCUGGGGACGUCAGACAGGGUGCAGUGCUUCUGCUGCGGAGGCAUGCUAACGGGCUGGGAGCCUGGAGACAACGCCUGGGACGAACACUCCCGGCACUUCCCCAACUGUUUCUUCAUCCUGGGUCACGACGUGGGCAACGUGCCAUCAGAGCUACCCCGACAGAGCAGAGGGAUGGAGGCAUUCGAGAAUCGCCUCGACAGCUUCCGAGGUGCCAAGCAUCCAGUCGAGCCUGAGAGACUGGCCAGGGCGGGCUUUUAUAGCACGGGUUUGCAAGACCGCGUGACAUGCUUCAGGUGUGGUGGAACUAUAAAGGACUGGCAGCCAGACGAGGACCCGUGGGAAGAGCAUGCCAGACACUAUCCAGGAUGCAGUUUCGUGAUGGAAGAAAAAGGACCUGAGUUUGUGACCAGCGUGCACCUUAGGGACCCUAAGCAGACUCAUAGUCACCAAAAUGGAUUUUCCAGUCAUGAGAAAGCAUCAAACGUCAUGCAGUCAGACAUAGCUCACAAAGUAGUGGAGAUGGGCUUUGACCCAGUCAAGGUGGAGAGGACCAUCCUGGAAAAGAUCCGGAGGACUGGUAGAGGGUACUCCACGGCCGAUGAACUUGUACAGGAUUUCAUGAAUGACACAAUGGAGAGUGAGUCUGAGGGGUCAAAAGACAAUGAUGAUGAAGACCCAUUGAAGAAGCUGGACAGGCUACAGCGGGAGAAACGGUGUAAAGUGUGCAUGGAUCGAGACAUCUGUGUGGUCUUCACUCCGUGCGCACACCUGGUCACCUGCGAGAAGUGCUCAGAAUGUCUCCACAAGUGUCCAAUCUGCUGCAGAGAGAUCAAAGAGAAAAUCAAGACAUACAUCUCCUAACUGUCAACAAAAAGUUAAAAAAAAAAAAAAGAGAGAGAAAGAGAAAGAGAGAGAGAGAAAAAUUACAAUGCUGCUGCUCCUUCAUGAUAAUGUACUACAAACAUUUCCAAAGAUGUAUUUUAGUAAAUAUUUUCUGUACAUACUUAAGAGGUUUGCUGAUGUUUAUUCCUUCACAUGAAAGAUUUAAGGGUAUAUUGUUCUUUUAUUUCUGAGUAAUAAUGUGUAAAGAUGUAAAUUAUUGUUUUAUUACUUAUUACUAGUGUGUGCUGAAUUAAUACUGAGAGGCAAUGGGUUUGUAUCUGACAGAAAUAAACAUCUAGUAUUGCUCAUACUCCCGUAUGUACUUUGAAAGCGAAAAUGUAUCAAAGGAAUCAGUUCAUCAGCAUAAUUUUACAGACAUCAGAAAUCAGUACUUUCCAUGGAUUUUGUGUUGAAAGAGAAAAGAUGAAAUUCUUAACCAUGUAGAAUGUGAAGGACUUACUGCAGUCCUGUGCCUUUUUUCCUAAUAUUUUGUUGUAAUUGCUUUCUGUUUCAGCCUUUGUAUAUUUAAGUCAACCACAUAAUCAUUAAUAUAUAUUUUUUUCCCCUUUGCCUUUAACUUUUAUAUGGGCAGUUAUAAGCUCUGAGAAAAGUAGUGACUCUUAUCUUUGGACCUGAUACUUUUCAGAGAAAGGUGUGUGCAGCUGAUGGUCACUCCUUUUUUGCACUAUGUUCUCAUUUCCUUUUUCC